UCCACUGAUACGGUGAUCCGCAGUUCCGCCGAGACGCCAAGUUGCUGCGUUGUUGUGCCGCAAAAAUUCUAUAAAACUAACAAACUCUUCGCGAUCGAGUGUGAUUCUUUUCUACCUUCGUGUGCGACAGUGUUGACUGCGGCUGAUUGAUCGUCAUCGUCGAUCCAUCGAUCGAUUGUUCAUUCAAGUGUUCAGUUUAAUUCGGUGUAUCCAGCAUUUGGCUCUUGACAUGACUUUUUGUUUAACCUAAGCACUUCGCUUAGUGCACAUUUUUGCGGAGGAUCAAACGUACUUACUACAUACAAACAUACAAGAAAUACUACCUGUUGAGUCCCAUUAUCCUCGUCAACUUAUCUGGUCGUGAUUUCUUUUGACAUUUGCCGCCAUACAUCAAACACCAUUAUUAUUGACUGGUUUCGACGAAAUAAGCUUGCAACAUUGUAUGCCAAGGCGCCGCCAACAAACCCGCAUACAAACUUACAGACAGUAAAAUCAAGUACAUAGACGCAGCUUCCAUAUACAACGGCGAAGGCUCCAAGUCGGUUUCUAAUACUUAGCGUUUGCCUAACGAGGAUACUGUUACCACGGUCAACUGAACGCUCUCCCAGGCAUCCAUUCGGCCCAGUGUCAAAUCACGCGGGUGCUUUGUGUGUGUACUUUUGUGAAUUAUAUGUACAUAAGUGUUUCAAUUGAUCGCCAUCGAUCGCGCGAACAUUGGUUGCCAAUCGCGCACGUUACGGUCCAUCGAUCGAUUCAGUUUGCUUUCAUCCUCGGCAUUGUGCGUUUAUUAGAGCCGCAAAGAGGCGCUUGAAUCUUCCGUUCGUAUCGCAACGUACACACAAAUAUAUAUGUAUGUACAUACAUAUCAUAGUUUGUAGCGAAGUUUUAUUUAAUCGGAGCAAAUAAUUUAUUGUACCAAAGUGCACUGAAACUAAAACAUAAUAAUCGUUUAUCUCCAAAACGUGUCUUCGUAAUUGUAUUUGAAAAACACAACGUUAAACGAGGCGCCAAGUCAAUAACCUAUAUAACCAGUGGGUGUAAGAAAAGUGAGGAUUUAUAUUUUGUGUCUCGACAUCGCAUCAAGUGAUUAGUUUUACUGUUAAAAAAAUUUGAAUAAUUAGCGACACUCUUCAACAAAAUAAAGAAGGUGAACAUUUUAUUGUAUGUACUAAACAUCGCGUCGUUCCCAGUUUGAUCUGAUUGCUAAUAAAACAAACUGAAUCAUACAUUGAACUACUUAUUGGAUUAAUUUAGUUGCUGUUGUUCCAGUAUAAUCAAAUCAAACAAUAUGAAGCUCUACGCAGUUCUUCUCGCAUUUGUCCUGUACGCCAUCACAUUCGUGCAUUCGUUCGCGAUAUCCGAUACGAAUGUAAAAUGUCAACUGAAUUGCGAUUUGCAGGACUUUAAACCUGUGUGUGGCACGGACGAUGCUGGUGAGACCAAAUCAUUCAACAAUCUAUGCAUUCUGAAGACAGAGAAUUGCCUGCGACAACUUUCAUUCCAAAAAACCGCCGAUGGUGAAUGUCCCUAGAUGCUAUUUAAACAUUCUAAUUAUA